CCCUAUUUUUUUCCCUCAAAUUUCUGUUCCCUCCCCCAACCCCUCGAAACCCUCGACGCACAAAGAAGCGAGGAAGUCACGAGGGGAGCUUGCGGGUGAAGGCAGCAAGGAGAGCAGACGUGCGAGGAAGAAUAGGUGUUGCUGAGAGUUGUUAAAAACUGGGAUGGAGGAGAAACGCGAUUUAAGGAUUCUGCAGCAUUUAAAAUGUUCUGUUCGACCGUUUGGCAUGAUUUACACUUCUCUUCUUCGUUCGUUCUUUCUGUUGGGCUUCGUUGCUUCGCAGGUGUAGAGAUUGCACGUGUUUCUUCGGCUCCUUCGUUGCUGUUCGACUGUGUGUAGAGAUUGCACGAGUCGUUUCUUUGGCUCCUUCGUUGCUGUUCGACUGCGUGCAGAGAUUGCACGAGUCGUUUCUUCGGACGUUACAACAUUUUGAUCUGAAGCAACGACGGUAGCUCGCUCGCUGUGAAGCUGAAGCACUUAAAUGGCAUGGAAGGCAUUUGGCAAAAAGGAUCUUCCAACAAGCUUCUUAAAAGCAUUUGCAGCUUCAAAUCAAGGAAGAGGGACAUUUUUCCUCCCUAAUUUGUCCAAGUUGAUACCAAAUUUUUAUUUCAAGGAUGUGCCUGCAUUCCCUAUGGAUCAUAAUGUUUUGCAAAAUGGUAGCAUUUUCAGGAUGUUUCAUGCAAGUUACAGUCCGGCAUUGAGAAUGAAGGAACAAGCACCUGGUUUGAGAGUUCCCAAAAAAGAUAGACGGGUUAGGAGAGAAAAUAGAACUGAAGCUCCUGUUGAGGCGCCCUAUGUACCUCCAAAAUCAAAAUUAACUUUGAAACCUUCGUCUAACAAAACCAUUGAUAUUUUUGAAGGCAUGACUAUUGUUGAAUUGGCUAAGAGGACAGGUGUAAGCAUAAGGCAUUUACAAGAGAUAAUUGUGAAUGUUGGUGAGAAAGUUGAUUCAGAGUUUGAUCCAUUAAGCAUUGAUAUCGCUGAACUGGUUUCCAUGGAAGUGGGUGUCAAUGUUAGAAGGCAACACUCUGAUGAAGGUGCAGUGCUUCAACCAAGGCCAGCUGUUGUAACUGUUAUGGGCCAUGUUGAUCAUGGUAAGACUUCACUUUUAGAUGCUUUGCGCCAAACAUCUGUUGCGGCCAAGGAAGCUGGUGGAAUCACCCAGCACCUUGGUGCGUUUGUUGUGGAGAUGCCAUCAGGAGCAUCGAUCACAUUUCUUGAUACUCCUGGGCACGCCGCAUUUAGUGCCAUGCGUGCAAGAGGUGCUGCUGUGACAGAUAUUGUUGUACUUGUUGUAGCAGCAGAUGAUGGCGUCAUGCCACAGACACUGGAAGCAAUGGCCCAUGCCCAGGUGGCCAAUGUUCCAAUUGUAGUAGCUAUAAAUAAGUGUGAUAAACCGUCAGCCGAUCCCGAGCGGGUCAGAAUCCAACUUGGUACUGAGGGAUUACUGCUCGAGGACCUGGGAGGUGAUGUUCAGGUCGUCCAGGUUUCUGCCAAAACCAAACUCGGAUUGGAUAAAUUAGAAGAGGCUCUGCUACUUCAGGCUGAGAUAAUGGAUUUGAAGGCGAGGAUCGAUGGUCCUUCCCAAGCUUAUGUAGUAGAAGCAAGGCUUGACAGAGGUCGUGGACCUUUGGCUACAGCAAUUGUAAAAUCUGGGACCUUGGCAUGCGGGCAAUACAUUGUUGUUGGAUCAGAGUGGGGAAGAAUACGGUCCAUCAGGGAUAUGUUGGGGAGGGCAACUUCAUCUGGAAGGCCCGCCAUGCCAGUUGAGAUUGAAGGAUUGAAGGGGCUUCCAAUGGCUGGUGAUGAUGUUGUGGUUGUGGAUUCUGAGGAGAGAGCUAGGAUGCUUAGCAAUGGAAGGAAGAAGAAACUGGAGAAAGAUAGACUUCUGAAGGCUAGUGAAGAGAGAAUUGAAAUUGAAGAUACAUCAGAAGAGACACCUUCAACUUCAAGGGUUGAGCUGCCUAUGGUGGUAAAAGCUGAUGUGCAAGGUACUGUGCAAGCAGUAACCGAUGCGUUAAGAAGUCUAAAUAGUGCCCAGGUUUUUGUAAAUGUCCUCCAUGUUGGCGUUGGGCCUAUUUCUCAAUCUGAUGUUGAUUUAGCUCAAGCUUGUGGUGCAUCCAUAGUUGGUUUCAAUGUUCGCAGUCCCCCCAGUGGCAUUACUUUGGCAGCAAAUCAAGCUAGUAUUAAGAUUUUCAUGCAUAAAGUCAUAUACCAUCUGUUGGAGGAAAUUGGCAACUUUAUUGUAGAGAAGGCACCGGGGGUAAAUGAUACUCAAAUUGCUGGGGAAGGUGAGGUUCUCAGUAUCUUUGAACUCAAAGGUCGAAGUAAAUCAAAGGGUCCUGAUGUGAAGAUUGCUGGGUGCCGUAUCCUUGAUGGUCACUUCUCCAAGUCUUCGAAAUGGAGAGUUUUGAGGAGUGGUGAGGUCGUAUACGAGGGUUCAUGCCUGUCACUAAAACGUGAAAAGAAUGAUGUGGAUUUUGUUGAAGGAAAGGGUAAUGAAUGUGGACUUGUCCUUGACUGUGAUGAUUACAAGGUUGGAGACAUUAUCCAGUGCGUGGAGGACGUAAAGAGGAAGCCCAGGUUUGUAUCAUCAGCCAAUGGAGCAGUCCGCAUCGAGUGUUAAUGGUUUUAGUUUGAAGAUUUUCGUCUUAUUAUUAUUAUUUUGAUCCUUUCAUAUUUAUAAGCAUUACGGGCAGUGGACACUAAAUUAAUCGCGGAAGUCGGCGCCUGAGCCUUUUUUUUUUUGCAUAGCUUUAUUUUCAAUUACUUUUGUGCCGAGAAAGGAGAGAUUAUUCUGUUCGGAUACAUGACACAGCUUAUUGUUCAAAGGCCAAUCAGGUGCAGCCACGUCAUCCAGUAUCGAGCUAGGUACUGAGCCAUGGUACCGAGUAAGGAGUGAUGUGGCACAUUUUAAUUGGGCUCUGGACGGCGUUCGGCAUCCGCACAGAAUAAUCCAUCAUCCUCAGAGCUGCUGACAAUCACAUCUGCUAGAUUGGAAUAGCAGUAGAAAAAAUUCCGUUUUUUAUUUUUAUUUUUGAGUAAAAGAUCGUUAACUUGUGAAGUAGCUCUCAAAAAAUCUAUCCUUCCAGAAUUCUACAAUGAAUUUACAGACAGCUGCAGCCAAUGUAAACUGACUCUCAAUGAUAGUCAUGAGAAGCAAUUCACUUUUUGAUUUUAUACUAGGAAAUUAUAUGCAAUGAAAACUUUGGCUUAGAGUGUUUCUUCUGGCCUUCUGGGGGUCUUGCCUUA